AUGGCUUAUAUUGCCAGGUCAUACCGCCCUAGGGUCGUCCUAGCCUCGGAUUCGCUAAACGACUCAGACUUCCAAGUCCUAGACCUCUUACCGCCCCUUGAUUCGGUCUUUUGCGGGGACUUUAAUGCCUACAACCCGUGGUGGGACCCCCUAUACGAGGCACGUAACAAAGAAGGCAACACGCUAGCAGACUGGAUCGACUACCACGAUUUAGCCCUCUUAAAUACCCCUGGUAUUGGCACCUUCCAUCGUCUGCAUAUGGCUAGGCCGAUAAAUAUCGACCUUAUGCUAGCGCAUUGA